GUUACGUCAGCGAGCAGCAUGAGGCGCAUCCUCAGUGCAGUUUUAUUCCGGCAAAUCAGCAGAUUGGGAUUAAAUCCUCUCUGUCGUGACCCUUUGACGGCGGGGGGCAGGAGCGUCACUGGCCUCGAGUUCUGCAGCAAAGCGACGAGCGGCGGAAGCAGCACGAUGGACCUGAGCGACAUGAGGAAGAAGUACAAGGGGGACGAGGAGUGCUUCGAGGAGAGUCAGCUUUCCUCUCUGGACCCCAUCAAGCAGUUCGGAACCUGGUUCGACGAAGCCACCAAGUGUCCUGAAAUCGGCGAGGCCAACGCCAUGUGCAUCGCCACGGCAACCAAGGACGGACGGCCCUCCGCCCGCAUGGUCCUCCUCAAAGGCUACAGCCACGAAGGGUUCCGCUUCUUCACCAACUACGAGAGCAGGAAGGGCUCGGAGCUGGAAAGUAACCCUCACGCCUGCCUGGUGUUCUACUGGGAGCCCCUGAACAGACAGAUUCGGAUCGAGGGCUCGGUGGAGCGGAUCCCGUACCAGAACUCCUGCGAUUACUUCCACUCCCGGCCGAAGAGCAGCCAGAUCGGAGCCGUCGUGAGCCGGCAGAGCACGCCGGUUCCCGACAGAAACUAUCUCCGGCAGAAAAACUCAGAGCUGGAGGAGAAGUACAAGAACACGGAGGUGCCGAUGCCCGACUACUGGGGCGGCUACAUCGUGAAGCCGUACUACAUCGAGUUCUGGCAGGGACAGACAAACAGACUGCACGACCGCAUCGUCUUCACCAAGCCGAAGGACGGAGAGUCGCAGCCCGGAGAGUUCCAGCACGCCGCCGAGGGGGGCUGGGUGUACCAGAGACUGUCUCCAUGAGACCGGCCUGCACAGGAUGUGACAGAAAGGACUGAAAUCUCAUCUCGCACCGCAUCCGCCUCGUCGACACCGACCCAAACCGUCUGAAGUGUGAUAAAUAGGUGCAGCUGUGUGUAACACCGUGAAACUGACUGUGUGUGUAGCUGUGGAUCAACAUCACCGUUCUGCAACUUUACGUUUUAUCAGAAGUCAUGAUGAAAAAAAAUUGUGCUGAGUGACACAAGAGCAAAGUCCAGCAGCUCCAUCAGGUAAUGAUCGACAGGUGGUUAACGGCGCUGUCACUGACCUUCAGGACACUAAAGCUGCCCGUCGCCAUCAGCAAUUCAACCACGUGGGAUUUAAUUUCACUUCCAACAGGAUUAUAAUCUCCAUUAAAUCUGCUGCACAGUUCUGAGUUUGUGCUACAUUCAGGAAAAAGUGAGGCAGUUAACUUUCACUUUAGCAAUAAUCACUUUGUCUUACUUGAAACGGUAUUGUUUGUGUUGACAUGAUGGUCACAUGACUGGCUUGCAGUUUUUUUUCCCCUCAAGUGGAUGAAAUUAACAGGGACACUUGUCCUCAUAUGAAUGAACUUCAGGUUUAGAGGAGUUAAAGGAUGUUCCACCCCCUGUAAAAUAAUUCAUCCUGUCACAGUAGUCUGUCAACAGUCAUUAAUUCAUCAUGAACUGACUGUCCUGGUCUAAUUUGUGAAAUAUUGAAUCUAAGUGCUGUUAAUUGUGCCAAUUAUUGUGUGUACUGUAUUGUACUGUUUGGAAAGGGAGUUGAUGGUAAUUUUUAAUGUAAAAUAGAAAUAAAUUUUAAUU